AUGGUAGCGGAAUUACGUCAAAAACUACCCCAGGAGGGUACCAGUACCCCUGGAGAAUCCCUCGCUGAGCAUCCACGACCAUGCUAUUCCACUCCUGAGCGUGGGUGCUCAGGCUGCCCCGCGUAUUCUGGGGGGGGCAAAAUUCCGCUCAACACAAUAACUGCUCGGGGCAAACUGAGCAACAAGACCAAGGCGACCCCUGCCACGCUAUCCGUGGAUUUCUGCAACAUCAGGGGACUUCACUCGAACCUAAACGCCGUCCACUACCAUCUUGAGACGGCGAAGCCGGCCUUGCUCUUUCUGACCGAGACGCAGGUGUCCUCUCCGGCUGAUACUUCGUAUCUCUCCUGCCCGGGGUACAAAUUGGAGCACUCCUUUGUGCCUCGGGCUGGAGUUUGCGUGUAUGUCAGAGAGGACAUCUGUUCUCGACGCCUCGGCAGUCUUGAAGGUUCGGACCUGUCCAUCCUUUGGCUACGCGUAGACAGCGACGACCAUCCGCGCGUCUACGUGUGCCUCUAUAGGUCCCAUAGCGGUAAUGCCGAAACAGACCGACUCAUCGACCACGUCCAAAUGGCUACAGAUUCCUUGCUACAACAGGUCCCAUCCGCAGAGAUCGUGAUCCUUGGCGAUUUUAACGCCCACCACGCCGAAUGGCUCGGUUCACGUUUAACCGAUCAUGCGGGGAGAUCUGUUUAUGACUUUGCCUUGGCAUAUGGUCUGACACAACUGGUUACAUCGCCUACGCGGAUUCCAGAUGUUGAGGAUCAUACACCUUCCCUGUUGGACCUUCUGCUGACCUCUCAUCCGGACGGAUAUCAGGUUUCCGUCGAUGCCCCUCUUGGCUCUUCGGACCAUUGUCUGAUCCGGAGUGUGGUGCCACUCACGCUCCCCUCGCGGUUGCGUUCUGCAGGUUGCCGCCGUGUUUGGCAUUACAGGUCGGCGGAUUGGGACGGAAUGCGGUCUUUCUUUGCUUCCUACCCAUGGGGGCGGGUUUGCUUCUCGCCGGAUGAUCCCAGCGCUGUUGCUGACUCUGUCACUGAUGUAGUGCUACAGGGAAUGGAACUAUUUAUUCCAUCAUCUGUGGUACCCAUCGGAGGCAGAUCUCAGCCUUGGUUUGGUCGCUCCUGUAAGACUGCAUUACACAGUAAGCAGGAGUGUUAUCAAGCCUGGGCUGCGGCUUCGGUGACUCGGGAUGUAAACACCAGCACACUCAAAAAGAAGUAUAACUUCGCCUCCAGGUCCUUCAAAAGAGUUAUUGCCAAGGCAAAGUCAGAGCACAUAGGCAGAAUUGGCGAGAAACUAGUUCGCCUUCCUUCGGGAACCCGUGCAUUCUGGUCUCUCGCCAAGGCUGUCCAAGGGAAUUUCUGUAAGCCAUCACUACCAUCUCUGCACAGGGAGGACGACUCACUGGCCCACGACGCAAAAGAGAAGGCCGACCUUUUAGGCUCCCUUUUUGCGUCCAACUCGACUGUUGAUGACGGGGGGAACACACCGCCGACCAUCCCGCGGUGUGAGUGCUCCAUGCCGGAUGUGCGAUUCUCACAGCGCUCGGUUCGCAGAGCACUCCUCUCCCUUGACAUCCACAAGUCGAGUGGGCCUGACGGAAUCCCCCCAAUUGUGCUGAGGACGUGUGCUCCGGAGUUGGCACCGGUUCUAACGCGUCUUUUCCGGUACUCCUACUCCCUAGGCGUAGUCCCGAAAUCAUGGAAGACAGCUUUUGUCCACCCGAUCCCUAAAAAAGGCGACCGCUCAGAUCCGUCCAACUACAGGCCUAUCGCCAUCACCCCCUUGUUCUCCAAAAUAAUGGAAUCCGUUGUAAACUGCCACCUCAUGCGGUACCUUGAGGAUCACCAGCUGAUUAGUGACCGCCAGUACGGUUUUCGUCGGGGUCGAUCAGCUGGUGAUCUUCUGGUCUACUUAACUCAUAGAUGGGCGUUGGCAGUAGAGUCCAAGGGGGAGGCAUUGGCCGUUAGUUUGGACAUUGCGAAGGCCUUCGAUCGGGUUUGGCACAAAGCGCUUCUUUCGAAGCUCCCUUCCUAUGGGCUUCCCGAGAAAUUAUGCAAUUGGAUCACCAGCUUUCUUGCAGAUCGGAGCAUCAAGGUCGUUGUAGACGGUGCAUGCUCCGACUACAAGCCUAUUAACGCUGGUGUUCCACAAGGCUGCGUGCUAUCACCAACGCUGUUUCUUCUGCAUAUCAAUGAUAUGUUGCAAGCUGGUAGCAUUCAUUGCUAUGCAGAUGACAGCACUGGUGAUGCUCUAUACACCGGCCGUGCCAAUAUUUCUCGGGAAAACGUCACCGAGUACCGGAACAAACUUGUGUCUGAAGUCGAGUCUUUGCUGGACAAAGUCUCGGAUUGGGGGCGACUAAAUCUAGUCCAGUUUAAUCCUCAGAAGACACAAGUUUGCGCGUUAACCGCUAAAAAGAACCCCUUUGUCGUAUCUCCUCAGUUUCAAGGUACUCCCCUUGUUGCCUCAGCCAGUAUCGGAAUCCUCGGCGUCGACAUAUCGAGUGGCGUGCAGUUUCGUGGUCACUUGGAAGAGAAGGCCAAAUUGGCCUCUAAAAAGCUUGGCGUGCUCAGCAGAGCGGGACAGUAUUUCAUGCCGGCUCAACGCCUGCAACUUUACAAGGCGCAGGUUCGGCCUCACAUGGAAUACUGUUCCCAUCUCUGGGCUGGGGCUCCCCAGUGCCAGCUUCUUCCACUUGACCGCAUCCAGCGCAGAGCGGCUCGAAUCGUCGACGACCGAGUCCUUUCCGAUCGGCUCGACUCAUUGGCACUGCGAAGAGAUGUUGCAUCUCUUAGCAUUUUCUUUCGCAUUUACCAUGGGGAGUGCUCUGAGGAAUUGUUCGGAUUAAUCCCAGCCGCCAAAUUUCACGAACGCACAUCGCGGCAGAACUCCCGAUACCAUCCACACCAUCUGGAUGAUUGGCGGUCCACCACUGUGCGAUUUAGAAGAUGUUUUCUUCCUCGCACAACUUCCUUGUGGAAUAGUUUACCACCAGCGAUUUUUCCGGACCGAUACGACUUAGGGACCUUCAAGAAAAGAGCCUACUCCUUUUUAAAAGGCCGGCAACGCAUCUGCAAUUCCCCUGGUGUUGCGGUUGUUCAUGGGCGGCGGUAG